CCGAAGGCGGAAGCGGAGCAUGGCGGCGGGAGCGGGCGGGCUGCUGGCGGCGGCCGCGCUGCUGGUGGCGGCUGCGCCGCGCCCGGCGCCCGCCGAGCUCACGGAUGGCAACAGCGAGCACCUGAAGCGGGAGCACUCGCUGAUGAAGCCGUACCAGGGCGCGGGAUCCGCCGCCAUGCCGCUGUGGGACUUCCAGGGCAGCACCAUCGUCACCAGCCAGUACGUCCGCCUGACGCCCGACGAGCGCAGUCGGGAGGGCUCCAUCUGGAACCGCGUGCCCUGCUUCCUGAAGGACUGGGAGCUUCAUGUCCACUUCAGGAUCCACGGAGCCGGCAAGAAGAACCUGCACGGGGACGGCCUGGCUCUUUGGUACACACAGGAGCGCCUGGUGCCAGGUCCUGUCUUUGGCAGCAAGGACAACUUUCAUGGACUGGCCAUUUUCCUUGAUACAUAUCCCAACGAUGAAGCAACAGAGCGCGUGUUCCCCUACAUCUCGGCCAUGGUGAACAACGGUUCCCUGACGUACGAGCACAGCAAGGACGGGCGCUGGACGGAGCUGGCGGGCUGCACCGCCGACCUGCGCAACCAGAACCACGACACCUUCCUGGCCAUCCGGUACUCCCGUGGCCGCCUGACGGUGAUGACUGACGUAGAGGACAAGAACGAAUGGAAGAACUGCAUUGACAUUGCAGGGGUGCAGCUGCCAACUGGCUACUUCUUUGGUGCUUCUGCUGGCACUGGAGAUUUGUCUGACAAUCACGACAUUAUCUCGAUGAAGCUGUUCCAGCUCAUGGUGGAGCACCCUCUAGAAGAUGAGACCGUUGACUGGACCAAGAUUGAGCCUAGCGUCAGCCUUCUUAAAUCACCCAAAGACAACGUGGAUGACCCGACAGGGAAUUUCCGCAGUGGGCCCCUGACGGGCUGGAAGGUGUUCCUGCUCCUGCUCUGCGCUCUGCUGGGCAUCAUCGUCUGUGCCGUGGUGGGAGCCGUGGUCUUCCAGAAACGCCAGGAGCGGAACAAGCGUUUCUACUAGUGAAGACCCUUACCCAAACCCAUCUUUUCUAUGGGGAGCUGUAAAAAACUGUGGUUUCUAAAAGCUGUUUCUGAGAAAUAUCAGAAGUAUUUUCUUAUCUGUC